AUGGAACUGAAGAAAUCUAUUUCGGACACCGAGCGCGCGCUCAGGAGCUACGGCGCCGUGUCGGAGACUGCAUGGACGACGGACAAAGGUUAGCGCCAUGCGUCUGAAUGUGUGUUUUAGAGUCAAAAUCUCAGUAUUAUCAGCUCUUUGUUGCCUCCUGAUGUGGAGCGAGCAGUGAAACGGUUAAUGUAUGACUCACAGAGGUAUCCAUGUAUCAAUAGCGAUGCCUUUAUGCUAAAAAAAGGCCCUUAAUUUCCCACACAUGCACAUUGAGCAUUACAAGGGUUGUGUGCAAAUUCUGGUGCGUUAAAAUGCAACAUAAAAAGAAGAGCCAUGCUUCAACUUCUGAGGUUUGAUAGCUGGGGCAGAAGUGAGCUGCAGAAGCAUGAGAAGAUAUGAGUCAAUCCUCUGGUACCUCUGCUCUCUCAGAUCUGGGUUCAAUAAACAGGAUUUUCUUUGAAACUGUGACUAAUGUGACUAAAUCACAGGUUUCCAUAUCACGUUUACCACCAUGCUUCAUUUUAAAUUGGAGGAUAACUGCAUUCUUUCACAAGAGGAGCAGUUUUUGCAACAUGAUUGCAGUUUUGUAUGACACAGCACAACCACAAAAUACUGUAAGGAUUUCACAAAAUAUUUUUAUUUAAAACUAAACUGACUUUCACAUUCUUCUUAUUUGGUCUCUUUGCUGCAACUAAAAGGCUUCAGAUUUAAAAACUGACUUACAUGGCAAAAGGAAAAAUUGAGGACUUGAACAGGAUGUGGUCCUCUUUCUUAUCCUUCAUGAAUAACCUCAAUGGGCAAGUGUCUGGUCCUGGACAAGGACAGUUAUCAUUGACUUCAUAAUCUUACAACGGCUUGCAACUAGUUCCAUGUCUGAAGCGUUUGUAUUGUGGAAAUGAAGAUGAGGACCGAAUUAUAGACCUGAGAUGCGUGAAAUGUGUACCUGCAUAUUCAUACUUGUGUGUACAUUUCAUCUACUGUAGAUCUUAUUUACUACGGUUUCAGAUUCUCACUUUGAAGAAUCUGAUACCAAAUGGACAUCUAUGUUACUCAAAACAAAAGAAACUACAUCUCUACCACCAAUAAGCUCCAAAUUGUACUUCACCUGCAGAAAUCCUUUGAAUGAUGAUAAUAAUAACUUUGUUUUUAUAGCACUUUUAAAAAGAGAAGUUUACAAAGUGCUUUGACAAACAGUUGCAAAGCAUCAGCACAUGGAAAUAAAAACAAAUAAAAAACAAAAGCUCAGUUAAAACAAGGCCAAUUUCAUUUGUCAUAAGAAAACCAGACAAUACAAGAACCCUACAACAUAAAAUGAGACCAUGAGGACCAAAAUAAAAACAUAAAAUAGGUAAGAAGAAGUAAUGUGAUAAAAAAGGGGGGUAGAAAGCAGGAAACAGGAUAGUAAAUAUAAAAAAAGACGAUAUUAAUAAUGAUAAUAAAAUAAUAGUGAUGGUCAUAUUGAUGAUAAAAUGAGCAGGAAAAGACAAUAAAUUCAGUUACAGGCCUAAAACGUUAAUAAGAAAAGAUUAUAAGUAAAAUAAAGGCUAAAAGGACAGGAAGUCAUAAUAAGGUCGAGGUAAAAGAGAUUAUAGAAAAGAGAAAAAAUGAUGAUAUUAUUUUGUUCUCAAAUGUUUCCAAGUUGGUGCUUCUGAAGAUUCUCAUUUCAGGAGAGCACGGUGUCAAAGAAACCUCCGGUGAUUGAGCUCACGACAUAGUCAACUAUAUAGUGAAACCCCAUAUAGGGGCUAGGAAUUAGGGAUUGAGUGAUUCAUUUCAGACACAGCCAAAGCCAAACAUACAGCAUAGAUGAAAUUUCAGUCCUCUCAGACCCAUGGUGCAUAAGAACAAACUAUAAGAAUACAACUAUAUAAGUAUAAAUAUAAGAAUAAACAACUAAGCUAAACGAAAAAUGCAGAUCUUAUAACUGCUUUUCCUUUCUGUCUCUCCAUCACAAUAAAAUCACAUAAACAGCCAGUAAACAAGAGAAAAGACUACACAAUCUGCCAUCCCCCUUCUUCUUUUUUAUCUUGCUCCUUAUUCUUUGGAUAGGGUUGCAGUAUCAGGGGGGCUCUGGAUUAGGUGUCAUAUAGAUGCUGACAUCUCUCUCUUGGUAAGUCCUAUAUAGCUGCUGCAUCACUUACAGUCCCGACUCUCUGGACUUAAUCCUCAUUAAAUCAUAAUCCAGGAGUACACUGAUUAGCCACUUUGUUUUAAUGAAGGAGGGGGGCUAUCUAAGCCGGUUAAUUAUCUCUGUGAGGAGGACUCUGGUUGGCAUUUGCAGGUGAUGUGAGGAGCAGUGCUGCUGCUUGUGUUGGUCUGAAACUAAAGAGAUAACCUCACCUGUCCCUGGAGGACAUGAAGCUUUUAAUCAGGAAGUAUCAACUCCCUUGUAAAAUGUGCGUGUCCAUACGUCUAAGCUGUUUGGAGAGACGUAUUGCAGUUUGGUCUUAUUGAUGGCUAUCACGUGUCUGCUAAUGAGGCAGCCGUGUGCGAAGAAACACAUAAAAACAGUUAGAAUGAAGGAAAUAACUUGAGCUUGUGUGAUUUCGCAGUUCUACGACGUAAAGUUUGAUUUUGGCGUCGGUGCGUUUUGUCAGCAGAUACGUUUGUGUGAUGAUUCAAUGUCAGUGAUGCACAAACAAAGCGAGCCCCCCUUGUGCAGACUUCUGUCUGCUGUGGUGAGUCAGCUCUGUCCUCAGCAAGCAGCCAUGAAAAUGUACCACAGACACAGACUACAGUUUGUGUUCCUGCAGGAGGACACAGAGCUGAUCCAGUCCCAUAACAAUGUAAGACACACUGUCAGUGAAUGUCAGGCUUUUCAUUCAGCAGCUCAGCAUUUUAAGACUAGAGAUAAAUACUGAUUGUUGAUUCAGACCUUUUAAGGUUUCUUUUUUUUAUCAUUUAAGAAAUCCACACUGCUGAGGUGGACCUACGGAAAGGUGGCAGACGACACGCUCACUUUUAAUGGAUCAGAUAGUAGCUAAAUGCGUCAGCGAGACAGAUUUUUGGUAAAUAUGCGCCUCAAUUGUGAGUCACUUUCAGCAAAAUUACCCAAGAGUCUCUGGUGCCAUUUGCUCUAAUCUAGAUAUUUGUUUUCAUAGACAUUCACCUUUAACAGAAUCACUCCGAGUCUGGGGAUGUGGGAUCAAAUGAGACAUUACCUUAGACUCUGGGAAAUUGUUAUGGAUAUCUUAUUAUAUCAGUUGAGGCAAAGAUAACUUUACUUUAAGUUCCUUUCAAAAGUAACACAAGAGACUAGGGCUGGGCGAUAAACUGAAAAUUUACCGAUCCAGAAAUUUGGGACAAUAACCGACGUCAUUUUGUCCAUAUCGGUAUAUUCAGUGUCAAAAAAAUAAAUCAAUAAAAGUUGGUUUUGGAUGUGUGUAGGUAGGCUAUGGUCUCAUGUCCCUUUAAGAUGCUGUCCUACGUCAGAGACGAAACUCCACCCCAUCCAACAAAGAGGGUAAAACAGGUGAGGAGAUGGAGGACAGUUCAAAAGUUGUAGCGGCUAAAUGUAGACGAAGUUAAUGUGGGAGGGGGUGAUCAGCUUGUGGAGUAGUUAUCGUCCAUUUAUCGUUAUCGAGGUGAACUGAUCAAUAUAUCAUGAUAUUGAUUUAAGGCCAUAUCGAUCAGCCCUACAAGAGAUGACGAUGUUGUGCUUUUUCAUAUUUUACAAAUAUUGAGUUAAAGUGACGGAUAAUAUCAAGUUUAAAAGUAGGCAGAGCUUCAAAUUCUAUGACAAAAGGUGUGUGAGAGUAAUCAAUCAGUUGAAAAAAAUAAACACAAUAUCCAGAUUAAGAUUAAUGUCCUGAUAGAGAUGUUUGAAAAAGGGGGAACCAAGAAAACAUGCAAAAACACAACCAGCCUCUUUAGUUUAUCCAACAAAGGCUGCGUUCACACUGCAGGUUAUGAUGCACAAUUCGGAUUGUUUGUUAAAUCCGAUCUUAUUGUGCGGUCGUUCACAUUACAACAACGAAUGCGGCAUCUAAUGUGAACCGAAUGCGUCUGUGAAGUGACCCACAUGCGCACAAAGCAUGUUGGCUGGCUGUUCUCCAUUCCCUCGACUGCCACUGCACUGUUCACACUUACAUGAAAAAAUCUGAUGUGUGUCACAUAUGGUUAAAAAAGUGGAAUUGACCUGCAGUGUGAACAUAGCCUAGGAGUAUUUUUGCUGAGAGGGUCAGUCUAUUGAUCAUUGUCGUAAGUGUUCAACCAGAUCGGUAAGUGUUUGUCAGACUGGUAAAUGUUUUGUGGUAGAUACAGAGAGUGAGGUCAGUGGUCCACUCCAGUGACAAUUAACCCGCUCAGCAGGGAGCCACAGCUGCUCAUCGAUCCAUGUGAGCAAGUCCUCCAGAGCAUUCUUGGAAAACAGUGAAUUUCUUAUCAUGUUGCAUUUUCAGCAAUGAAAAACCCAACCACCGUCUCAAAGUUCUUAGCUGGUGUGAGCUGAAGCGUCACAGGGACAUCAGGUCACAAAUGUGAGACUCCAAAAAAUAGGGAAACACAAACAAGGAACAUUUUGGACGCAUCUGUCAGUAAAUUGAAGUUAAAACCUUCAGAAAAAAGUUGUUUGUUUUAUUUCUCAUGCUUUCAUCCAUGAUUUGAGUUUUGUUUCCUCUUUCCUCCUUCCUCAUCCAGGUCAUUCAGAUGUGUCCAUGGCAGAGAGCACCAUGGCUCCAGAGGAGAUCGAGGUGGAGAUGGCUCGGAUCCAGCGCCUGCGAGAGGUCCUGGUACGCCGAGAGUCAGAGCUGCGUUUCAUGUGAGUUCCCAGAUGGAGAUUGUUUAUUCUUAGCGUUUCAUAACACGAAGCUUUAAAGAUUUAAUCACUGCAAACUUCUGCUGCUGUUCUCAAGUGGAUGCUUCAGUUCUCAGAGCUGCGAUGACAGAGUCACUCAUGACGCACUGUAAAUACGCUCGAGUGUGUCUCCUAUGAUAUCACCGGGCUGUUUAAAGAUGACACUGAGAGAGGCGGACUUUUGUCUAUUGAUUAUGCAGAGGGCUGGACCUGCCAGGAGACGCUGAAUAAGUCACAGUGAUGAACUCACUGUCUCCUCAUCAACAUUAUCUUCAAGGAUUAUUGAGCAGUUUAUAGGAAGACAUGAUGAUGUGUUUACUCCCUCUCUGUCUAAACCUCCACUACUUUUGUGGUGGGAUUGUUGUUAAAGCAUUUUUUGUGCAGCAUGAAAACAGUAUGGUUAAUGAUUUUAAUGAAUGCUUGUGUUGUUAAAGAGGAGCACUCUGCUGUCAGGCUGUUACUGCCACUAAUGGUCAUUUCCCCAGUCUCCCAUCUUUACUGUUACAAUCUCACCCAACUGUGCUAAUGAGCAGUUUUUAUUCAACAAGAUCAAUCAGAGAGACAACAGAAAGAAGAUUCAACUCUGACUUCUGUUAUUGAUUGAUAUUUAUGGAAGUAAAUCUGUGCCAUCUGAAUUUGAAUUUAUAAAGCAGAUUUUUUUUUUGCAUCAGAAUCAGACUUUGAUUUCAAAACCAUCAGAUUUCAAGCACGUAUUUUUUUUUCUGACACUUACUUUUUUCACAAUGAUGAAAUAAAUUCAGAGUAAAAAGGUCUUUCAAAAUAUUCUUUUCAUAGAGAUUCAACUUAAAAAAAAUGUGUAAAAAAAGUUCAACAUAAAAUAAAUUCAGUGUCAAAGAGAACAACUCAACAUCUUGGUAACCAGGGAAAAGUAGUCAAUUCCUGGCUCAAUCAUCCCCCUAUGGAAGUAAAUCUGUGCCAUCUGAUUUUGAAUUUGAAUUUCUAAAGCUGAUUUUUUUUUUUUUUUUUUGCAUCAAAAUAAGACGAAGUUUCAAAACCAUCGGAUUUCAAGCACGUAUUUUUAUUUCUGAUCCUUAUUUUUUUUACAAUGAUGAAAUAAAUUCAGGUCUCAAAAUAUUCGUUUAGUAAAAAUUUGACUGAAGAAAAAAACUGUAAAAACAUAAAAAAAAUAAAUAAAUCAGUGUCAAAAAAUCCAGUGUAAAAGAGACCGACUCAAUAUUUGGGUAACCAGGGAGAAGUAAUCAAUCCCUGGCUCAAUCAUCUAUUGUCCAGCCAAUCAAAUAAUGCUUGAUUGGUCAUGUGUCACUGACCCCAGUCAGCCAGAAAUUGAUGGCUUCUUCCUGGUUACCAGGAUGUUGAGUCAGUCUCUUUUACAAUGAAUUUUUUCUCAUGUUGAAUUUUUACUAAACUAAUAUUUUGAGAGACCAAUAUUUUUUUUCAUGUUGAAUUUUUUACAGUGUUUUUUAAUUUAAAUCUUUACUAAAAUCAUAUUUUGAGAGACCGAUUUUUUUUACACUGAAUUUAUUUUAUAAAAAUAAAUGUCAGAAAUAAAUGCUUGAAAUUUGAUGGUUUUGAAGUUCAAAGUCUGAUUUUGAUGCAAACAAUCAGCUUUCAAAACUCAAAAUCAGAUGGCACAGAUUUACUUCAGUACAUACUGAAUUUGUUGCUUAUCUGUUGUUUUUCAGGUUGUAUGAAUUAAAGUGGGAUUUGUUGGGGAGGUGGGUAAAGGUGCAGGAGUGACAGUGGAGCUCAAAACUGCCUCAAAAAUCAAACCUUAAGCUGCUGUAUAUAAUCUUGAAAUUAAAAUCUCCUUGAUACAGUUUUAUAAUUAAAAAUUUUUCAGUUGUUUGAAUGAAAACACUGUGAUUCUGCUCGAGCUAGAUAAAACAUUGUUUAAUCGCUAUACUUAUUGGACAUACUCUGAGGUAUACUCACUUUUUAGGGCUCCCUGAUCAAGAUUAAUUAUUUUAUCAGUCCGACAUCCUGUAACAGUGAGGACGAAUUUCAUCUCAAACUUUAACGAAAAAAGUACCAUGUAUAAAAAUCAAAUAGCAUCUAAAUUAUUUAUGAUUUAUUUUAGUGAUGAUGAACAGAAAUUGGCUGCAAGUUUUUUGAAUACUGCGACAAAAAUGUAGGAAGGGCUGACCAUAUUUGGGAGGGUAAGUGCCCUGAUAGUUCUGCUGCUGUAACACAUGGGGCUAUGCGGUGUUGUUCUUUUUAGGGCCAUUACACCCCUAACAUCUGCAGCAUGAUGCUCACGAAGUCAAUUGAAGCUGAUACACAUCCCAGAAAUCACAGAGUUCAUAAUGUUAGUUUACAUGCCCUUCAUUAGGCCUCCACUGGGUAGUAUUUGCGUCUCAGUCGUCAGGCUCCGUGUGACUCAAGACGUCAGUCGCUCCACACUUCCAAACACAAAUCCGAACAGAGGGAGUGUGUGUUGGAGUGCAGAAGCUGCAGGGACACAGAUAGCAUUGAGAGGCUGAAACACAAGACUGAACAAAAGGAGAAAAACAGACAGGAGGAGUGAAAAAAGCUGAAGGGAGGGGUCAAGGGUGAGAGAAAAAGAGGGGGGAGGUGUAAAAAGGAGCAACAGCUAAAUACAGAGGGAGGAGGAGGAGGAGGCUAUGGAUGAGUCACCAUCCUGAUCUAUCACAGGGAGAAUUAAAUGUGCUGUAGCUGUCACUGCUCUGCAGAGAGAGACACAGACAUGAUUUCAGGGGGAAGAGGGGAGAAUGUUGAGGCCCCACGGUGACACACCAGGCUGUAAAAAACUCAGAAGCAGCGAUUGAUUUAUGGUGCAUGUUUUUAUUCUGCACACACCCGUAAUAUAUGACACAGCCGGGCCUGAGGCUUAUGCUGCAUUUUCUAAUGACAGAGUGGAUUUUGCAACACGCUGCAGGGAGUCAAACACUUGAUCAAUUUUUCAGUUGACAGAAAAUUAAUGCAAAAUGAUUAAUAGGUGAUCAGUUAUGUCAGGUUGACUUUUUUGAUUGUAAAACGAACAUCUUAGGAAGUUUUUAAAAAUAUUUUCCAAAGUCUAUUUACUUUUGAUCGCUUAGCUUCAAAUUGAGGUGUUUUACCGAAAGAAAAAAGUAACAAAACAUUAAAAAUAGAUAAUAGCAUGUUAGAUUAAAAGAGAAUCAGAUUGAUUCAGGGCUGUGGUUUCACCGACAGUAACUCUGUAAAUACACUUUUCAAAACCAACUUUCCAAAAAGGUUUAAAAUCACCGAAAAGACCAACAACUUAAACCAUCGUAACUUUCAACAUCCUCAGAUUCACACAUUUAAGUCCCUAUUUAAGAGAACAGGAUAUAUAAUCAGAUUGAAAACUGAACAUGCUGAUUGGACAAGGCAUUUUUUACGACAAAGCAGUAAAGCCGUGUGAUCCAGUCUGCUUUGGUUUGAGCCUUGGAGUAAAAUGGUUAUUAGAUAUACUUCUUAAAUAAGCCGUGCUGCUUCUUUCUUUUUAUAUUGGAUCUUUUUGCUGUGAACUGAAGCUUUCUUUUACAUUUUCAGAUUUAAAUAUCCGUAUCUUAAAAUGUUAUUUUACAUCAUCACAUAGUUUCUUUACACAGAUUUAUCAUUUGUCUACCCUUUGCCCUGAUUUCUCGAAGCAGAAUGUGUCUGCCUUGAGUCAACUCAAGCGGAAGUGAGAGCAUUUAAUGAUAUCUGUUGUGUGUUGUUUCUUUUUUUUUUGUAAUCUGAUUUGCUGUUUUCUUUCUCUCCUCUAUUUUUCAAGGAUGGAUGACAUUCAGCUCUGCAAAGACAUCAUGAGUUUGAAGCAGGAGCUGAGACAGAUCGUGGCAGUACCAGGUAACAGCACAAACACAUUUAUAUGCACACACCCUACGUCCUCUGAAAAAGGCACAUCAGAAAAUAAAACAUCAACAAAAAACUGUCUACACUCUCUGUUUGGACUCUCUGUUGGCAGAAAGUGCUUCUGUUUGCAGCCUGCCAGAUGUCUAUAGGCUCAGCAGGCGUCAUAAUGAUUUAUAGGAAGCGUCAUUACACUAAACUAUGCAGGAUUGAUCGCAGCUCUCCCACAUAUGCUGGAGUUAUGAAGGGGAGAUAAUCAUGCGCGCACAAAGACACAUGCUUUAUCACUCUGAAGGCAAAACAGAGAAGCUUUCCUGGCAGCGUGUCAAAAAUGAUUUUCGAUAAACAAGAGCUUUUCCUCAUUCUGUGUUUUUGUAGUUUGUUUAUGAGGCAGACAACAACAGCAUCAAAUUUUAGUUAAAGUCGACAGUAAGUUUCGGCUUUUUCUCCAUCUGGAAAGCAGAGAUGGAGGAUGAGCCGAAGUGCUUUGCUGACGUCAGAUGCAUUAUACAUAGUAACACACUCAUGAAUCUCUACAUCAAAGGCUCAUGGCAACGUGAGCGAACCCGCCUCCUCACUGAGCGUGUCAGUGCGUGUGCGAGGCGCUUGUUGCUGGUGUCGUAUUCAAGGACACACUCACACAGCCACAGCAACAGGACACAUCAAUGAUCAGCAGCUGUUUCUGGAGACAAACCAGCGAGCUGCCAAUCCCAGGUCACAGUUUUAGAGAGAGAGAGGACAUAUACAUAUGUUUUCAUUUAAUUUGCAUGAGAUGUUGAUUUCAUUAUAGCUGUCUGUCUCAAUCCAUCUUUUUUUUCUGCAUUUCACUUGAUCUCUGUUUUUUAUGCCCAACAUGAUCUCAGCAGACGUCUGAUCUACACAAGUCCAGUUUGAGAUUUCUUUAUUUUAGACUCUGUAACUUGCUAAAUGCCACAAAGUGCUUUAAUCCUGCUGGAUUCAUUUAAGACAAAAUGAGAUCUUACAGUAUAUUGAUUAGGGAUGGGUGAUAAAUUAUCAUUCAUGAUAUAUCGUCAGAAAAAUCCUCCAUGAGAAAUAUUUGCCAUUUCAUGAUAAAUACGAUAAAUGCAAGUUGAUGACGUAAGCGCGAGUGACGGACUCGCAGCCAUUGCCCAGACAGAGCAAAAUAACAAACAAACAAACAUGGCCGAAGGUAAUGAAGAUGUUUGUGAGCAGCUGAACGAGGCUCCACACGAGGGAUCUACUUCAUGAUUGGAGUUUAGACGAGUGAAAUCAGGUUUGCCUGACAGCAGACAGUGGAUCUGCUACUGCUGUUCACUCUGUGCAAUAAGAGUUUUCAACAAAUGUUGAAAAUGUUUUCACUUGUUUGAUGUCAUUAUUUGUCACAACUCAAACUUGUGGUUAAGUAUAGAGGAAUUGUUAAAAGAAGAAAAGAAAUUAAAAAAUGGAAAAAAAACCCCACAAGAUACCGAAUUAAAAACAGAUUAAUAAAGAUUUUUUAAAAAGCCUUUAACAGGUUCAAAACACCAUCAUUAAAUUAUUCAAUUGUUUGAUUAUUUCUGUAGUUAUUUAUUUUUGUUUAAACUCAGUUUUGAAGCUUAAUAUUAAUGUGAUUUUUUCUCUCAAAUUUACUUUAACGCCUCGAACGACCAAGCUGUCAGUGAUUAGUGUUUACACAGGCUAACCUGCUCGUGCUUAGCUUUAUUUUUAAAGUAUCUUUAUUUUCUAAUAUGGCUGCUGUCCACUGAUUAACACUAUUGUGCUGAGAAUAGCUUGUUACUUUGUUCUGUUUUUAUGAAGGUACCAAAGCUUUAGGUUAGGUUUAGGAUGAGGUUUUGAUCCAUGAAGUCCACAGACAACAGCCCCCCCUGAAUGAAUGUCCUGAAUUUGACUUAUGCAAUCCAUUGUUUUGUCCUUUUAUUAGCAGUAGCUCACACAAAGCUGCCUCUCCUUGACAUUCCCAUGAGUCGGUGAGGUCUUGUGCUAAUGUCUGUGGUCUCUGCAGCUCUUUAUCUCACUUCAGCGUGAUGAGUCACGUGAGAAACUGCUGCCCCUCCUGCUCCUGUGACAUCAGGAUUUAUGGACUGUAGCCGUGCGUCCCUAUAAUUGUUUUGCCCUCAGGAGGAUACACACUGUAACUGCACCGCAGCACUUUAUUUCAGUGUGGGAGAAAAAGGCUGAUGUGUGCAGUCUUCUUUUUUUUCCCAGCCAGCCUUGAUAACAGCAUUUCCAGACAUCCUACCUCUGCAGCUGUCUGUGCGUGUGCGUGCAUGCUUGUGUUUGUGGGUGUGUGUGUCACUGUUGUUUGGUCGGUUUAUGUGCGUCUCUUGCAGUGUUUAACAGUGUCAAGGUGAGGAAUGAGAGACAAAGCAGGGAGGAUGUUGUAUUCAUGGAUCUCUGUCUGGGAAUGUAAAAACAGAACUCUGCAUAAUUAGCAUAAUUACUGUAAGUCUGUGUCUGUUUGUUAUAAAUUAUACAUGAAGAGGAAAUAUAAGGUCUGCUGGCUCAUUGUCUAAGAACCAGCAGCCAAGGAUAGCUUGUUAUUGUUUGUGUUGAGUUAUUGUACUGUAUGUAAACUAAAACAUUAAAGGGAUAUUUCGGCGCAAAUUAAAGUUAUGGUCAAACACGGUUACACCGAGUUAGACACAAGAGAUGAAUGUUGCUGACUGCUGUGUUCUCUAGUUAUACAAACUUUAGUAACGACCGCACGAUAGCAAUACACAGCAAUACCCAUUUCUUUAGCAAAGAGACCAAACACAACUCACCCACUCUCCUCCAGCAGCUGCUUGUUUGUGGGGGGAGCCCUGAUGAGUUGAUCACCGAGUGCAGCGGAUCAUUUCCAUGAAGUAAUGCUACGUUCCAGUUAUCUCGGAAGUCGGAUGUCAGAGCUGGGAAUGACGUUAUGCCCGAGUUGACGUCGUCCCAGUAAACAAGUCGGAAAACCAAGAUGGACGCCUAGUGUUAGCCUUUGUUAACUGUCAUUUAUAAUUGUCAGCUGUCGUUAGCCGUUGUCAGUUGUUGUUAGCUAUACCAGUUGGUAACAACGUAUAACACAAUAUUUUACUCUUACAAAUACCAUAGCACUGUGUUCACAGUUAGACGUUGGGCAGUACAACAUAUACCACUUAUUUAAUUUCACAAAAACAAAACAGAAGUGCUAAUAAAUAAUACAUUACGAGAACUUUCACUGCUACUCUAUACUGUUGAUGAACUGCGCUGCCAUCUUGGAUUAUGAGGUUGUCGUCAAGUCGGGGCUGGUGAGGAUCGUCUGGAUUUCCGAGUCGGAGAUCCGACUUCAGGGGAGCGUUCUAGAUAAAUUUCCAACUUGGAGCUCGGAAAUUCCGACUUCUGAGUACAACAGGAACACAGCAUAAUAAUCAUAAUCAUUUUGCACUGCAGACGCGGUAGUUCUUCUGCCUUAGCGUCUCGGUCUGAUUGCAUUUCGACAAAGUAAUAAUCAUAAAUGUUCUUCCUUGAGCUGCGAAACUCCGCUGCACUCAGUAAUCGACUUGUCAGGGCUCCCCCACAAAAAGCAAAGUUAAAAAGAUGUUUGAUGGCUAGUACUAUGGCUAGGACCCUAUAUAUACUGUUGAUGAAGUUAGGUCCUAAUCUGAGCAUUAUUUUUGUCUAUAUAGUGGCGUUUUGAUUGAGGUUUGUGUGUGGCAACGCAGACCUCUGUGUAUUGCUAUCAUGCGGUCGUUACUAAAGUUGGUCUAACUAGAGAAGCAAGCAGUCGGCAACAUUCAUCUCUUGAGGGGGUGUCUAACUUGGUGUUACUGUGUGUUUGACCAUAACUUAAAUUUAUGCCGGAAUAUCCCUUUAAGGUUUCAGGCCGUUCUGUGCGUUUGUUUUAAUUGUUCAAAAAUCGUCUUUCCUUUACCCUCAGAAAAAGAAAAAAACAAGAAACACCGGCAGCGGGAAGAAGAGCUGAUCCUGAAGAUUCAUAAACUGGUGCAAAAGAGGGAUUUCCUUGUGGAUGAUGCCGAGGUGGAGAGAUUAAGGUACAGCAUCCCCACAUCCACUGUGUAUUUACACAGACGGUGUUAAAGUUAACUCACUAUUUACUUUCAGUUUCUCUGUAUUGGAUCGACAUAAGAGGGCUGAGAGACGGCAGGAAGGAGACUCAUUAGAGGAAAUGUUCGGAGCAAAUGAGAGCAUGACUGAUACAGGAGUCUCUUGAUCAUCCCAGCACCGCCUGCUGCAUGUGUGUUUCUGACGGAUGACUCUGGCUUUCUAUUGCCAUUUUAUGUUUCCUCCUGCUCUGCUCCGACAGAUCAGCCACAGAGAUAACAGACGGCUGUGGUUAGAAAAUGAAAUAAAGUCAAAGCUGGAUUUAAUUUACUGGAUAAGCAGUUUAAAUUGUUCAUGUUUUUGACAUUGGACUAUGAAAUAUGCUUCUUGCUAAAUCAAAUUUUCUGAGUCUGAUAGACAUUUUAAAACUGCACAGUGGCUCAUGUGGUUUAAAAGUAUUUGCUUCAUAACAAAAAGGUUUUUAAUUUAAUCCUUAAGUUGUUAACAAAAUAAUAAAACUCUCUUAUCAAACUUCCUACACAGUUGUGGUGAUAUAUCUGUAUAAUUCAGGUAAUUAAAUGGGUUUAACUUCAGAGUGAGUGAUUGUUUCCUAUUCAAGUGUGUUUUCUUCCUAAACUCAGGGAGCGAGAGGAGGACAAGGAGAUGGCCGAGUUCCUCAGACUGAAGCUGAUGCCUCUAGAGAAAAAGCUCAAAGAUACACAAAGUGAGUGAUGACGACUUGAAGAAACACACAAACACACACACAAACACAGUCAGUGUGGAGCAGGAGUGUUUUUCAAUCUCAGCUCAACUUUGUAAUGAUCUCUCUUCCCUCUGUUUUUCCUCACAAGAUCCUCCAAAGCCCAAGAGACAAAUCCCGGAGCCGCCUCCGAACAAACCGUCCAUCACAAAGUCAGGGGCGGCCAUCAUCAAAGAUUGUUGCGGUGCCACUCAGUGUGCAGUCAUGUAA